GUCAGACACAUGCUGUGGUAGGAUUCUAUUAGGGGGUUCGAGUACAGAUAAAGUCUGCCUAACUCAUGAGCGGAUCAGACGUCGAUGAGGAGAGAGUUGACGAUAGUAGACUAACACGUGCAAGAUCAAGUAGGAUCCCGUACGUGUUCACGACCCUAGACGAGGGAGAAGAAAGACGGCUUCGUGCCGAACGCAGAGCCCGUGCUCUCGCAGCAUCGAGAGAAGCAGCAAACCUUGCAGCUAGGGAACAGGUUGCAGCAGCAGCCAAGGCAGCAGCCAUGUCUUCUGCAUCAGCAUCCUCCGCUGCAACUUCUGUUGCAUUCUCGUCUGAUCCCCAGUUUGGAAUGCCAACAGGGUCCACAGGCACUGCCAGUUCAUUAGGUUCUCGACAGUCUACUAGUCAAAUGGCGGGCUCGCAGUACAGCCCGUCAACUCCUCGCGAAAGAGAGCUCAGGGAGCUUCAACAGGUCGAAAGAAUCCGUGAAAGAUUAGAGAGGGAACUGAAGGAAACAACCGAUAGAGACAAAAAGAUAAAGAAUAGAGCAGCCAAGCUUGAAACAUUAGAGUCUGACAAGGCUGACUUCGAGGGCUUAGAUGACUCGGGAAUGAAUGAGCCCAUGAAAGUGUUGAGGAACAACAUGUUGUCGCUGCAUGCGCAUGUGGACAGCAGGUUGGACUUCAUGCAGAGCACUUUGGACCAGAUUCUGGACAUCCUAACAAGGCCAGGAUUUAGGCCACCAGCCCAAUCGCCACUGCCGUUAACGGCGAUGUCACGCCCUUUUACAGUUCAAGCUGGUUCACAACCAAGUGGUACGUCUGCAGCAGUCUCCCAGAUUGUUGCGUCUUCUUCUUCGGGUCCAGCGGUGAUUGCUACAUCACCACAACAACCUGUUCAACAAUCUGGACAGCCGCAAGGUCAAUGGUAUCCCAAGACCCCAAUGAAACCGCCUCUUGCCUUCUCAGGUGAGAGAAAGGACGAGGAACUCAACACAUGGUUGAGGACGGUCCCGGUUUGGGUGAAGGCCAAGAGGACCUUGCCAGAGGAUGAAGUGGUAACUGCGGCAUCUUACCWAGAGGGUAAGRCAGCCAAAUGGCUAGAUGGGGUAGUUGUGAAAGYYGGGUACGGGCGACGCAUGGCGGAYUGGGCCAAGUCKUUGACUCUAGACCAGUUCAUGGAAAUGGUAGAAGCUCGAUGGCAUAACCCACAAGAGGCGCAAAGGGCCACUGAUGCCAUAAAUAAACUAGACCAACGCAAGUUCYGRUCAGUUAGAGAGCUUAYGACUACCGUURAGGGCCUGAUCCUCGUCCCGGGCAUCAACUACAGUGACCAGUUCCUGUUAACAACUUUCGUUAGAUGUCUUCCAGAGAACAUCAGGAACUUGCUGGCUAGUGAGGCACGCACAGAGUACCACUCAUUUGAGACAUUGUCUAGGAAAGCUUUAGAUUUAGAGGCCACGCUAGGCAAUGCUCAACCCACCUCAGGGAAUGACUCAAAGAAGAAGAAGAGUCCUCAGGAGUGGAAAAAGAAGGGGGCGAAGUUGAUGAUGGUGGAGUCCGAUGGGACCCAAACUGAGAUCGACGAGCUCACUGACCUGAUGGACUACACAGAGUUAGACGGCGAGGAGGUAGCUGAGGGUAGCACCCUCGCCGCGGUAGUGAAGACUAAGGCAUGUGGCCGAGGGAAGGGCCAACCUAGGAGUCAAGGGAAGGCCGCCUCCAAUCAGACCAAGCAGGCUGAGUGGGUUAAGAGUAGGGUGGACGGGCUGAGCCGUAUCAACUGGGAUAAGCAAGAGGGAGAGGCAAUAGAGGACACGCCCCCAGUUAAUGGUUUUCUGGAUCUGGAAGAGGACAUCCGUCUUCACAUCAAUAAGUGGUCCCCACGGGUGCCCAACUGCGUAGGUCAUCCUAUCUGGCAUGCGCCAAACGGGUAUGAAUGUAAGGCAGAGCAGAUGCUCAAGCCUUUCGAAGAGGAAGAUCCAUGGGGCAGUAAAGAUGUCAUGUGGAUGAUGAAGUUGGCAUUAGCAUACUCGCAUAGUCUGGUAGAGGAGAUGAGGACGAUAGAGGAAGGACCGGAUCAGGUAGAGAAGCACGAGGAAUUGAUGGGAGGGAUGUAUCUCCUCGCCAAUACGCUUCUGCAAGGAAACUUUGAUCAGAUAGGCUCGUUGAAUCCGACUGAGAAUGAGAAUGUGGAGCCGGAGAGCGAGGAUGACGAGUUUGAGGAGGGAAAGAUCAAAGAGGCAUUCCGUGCAAAGGAGUAUGAUGGAAUCUACCUGGAACUGAGACUUCUCCUAUCGUGCGAAAUCUGGAAUAGAGAUGCGAGCGAUAGGGCCCAAAGGAUGAUGCCACGCUACUUGGUGAGAGAUGGUCAUUUUUUCGUAAAAAGGCAAGUGGGGAAUCCUAGGAGAGUCGUAUGCGGCAGGAACCGUCAGAUUGACUUUGUAGUUGCACUUCAUGAUGGCAUUGCGGGAGGACACCGGGGAGUUAGUGCCACAUAUGCUAAGAUAAGUGAGUUAUAUUAUUGGGAUGGGAUGAUGGAGAUGGUUGGUAAGUUUUGUCGGUCCUGCUACCCUGUCAGGAGCGAUCCCGUCUAAGGCCGGGGGAGCCACUGCAUCUGAGGCUGGAAAGGGAAGUAGGGGCCGUAGUACAUCUCGACUUACUUUUUAUGCCACUUGGGGAUCAUGACUACAAUUACAUCUUCGAUGCGUUGUCGGAGGGCGCGGUGUCCCGACCCUCCUGUGAGUCCAGUUCCUGCUUGGUAGCUCCUCGCUUUGACGCCCGCAGCUCGUCGGGUAGUUCCUAAACCUCCAAGGCCCACUUAGUAUACCGGACUAUGCCCUGCUAUGGACCAGUUUAGUUGGGGCCUGCACUAGUAAAAGGGUGCGCCACUG